CGCGAUGAUCAAUCGAUCCCAGAGGCAUUCUCAGCUCGGCCAGCGGAAUCUUUCUCCUGCUGGCGGCGCGCUGCGAUCUCGUAGUUAGCACGCGUAAGAAUCGAUUGCUUUGUAGCUCAGCUCCUAUAGCAACUACCAAGAGUGUGUUGGCGGCAAGGAACGUUCGAUCGCGAGAAGCGGCAGAUCGAUCGUGAGCGAUGGCGACUCUCCAAGAUCUCAUGCUGUCGGCUGCGAUUAAUGGCGGAUCCACGAUCGUCUUCCUCCUCGUCUUCGCGUUCUUGCGGCUCCAGCCAUUCAGCGACAGGGUUUAUUAUCCCAAAUGGUUCAUCAAGGGCGUCCGGAAGAGCGAGGAUCGACCGAUUAAGGCCAGGUUUGUGAACCUCGACCCCAGGGCGUAUUUGCAUUUCCUAGAUUGGAUGUGGGAGUCCAUUCGGAUGCCAGAGCUAGAGCUGAUCGAUCACGCAGGGCUGGAUUCGGCGAUUCUCUUGCGAAUUUAUCUUCUGGGCUUAAAGGUUUUUGUGCCAUUGCUGGUUUUGUGUUUCCUCAUUUUGGUGCCCGUGAAUGCCACUGAUACGAACUUGCGCAAGUCCUCUGGGAAGCUUUUCUCUGCCGACAUUGAUAAAUUGUCGGUGGCAAAUGUGCAAGAUAGAUCCGACAGACUCUGGGCACAUAUGCUAUUGACAUAUGUGUUUACACUGUGGACGUGUUACGUGCUCCACAACGAGUACAAAACUGUGGCUUUCAUGAGAUUGAGAUUUUUAAAGUCUCAGCUGAGUCGACCGGAACAGUUCACGGUUCUUGUUCGGCAAAUUCCUGACGAUCCCGAUGAAACUGUGGGUCUUCAUGUCGACCACUUCUUUCGUGUCAACCAUUAUGAACACUACCUUAUGUAUCAGAUUGUAUAUAAUGCCAAUAAGCUUGCAAAGAUUGUUAAGAAGAUUGAGGACAUUGAAAACAAGCUAAAUUAUUGUCGUAUCAUGGAAUCAAGAAAUCCUUCUUCCAGGCCUCAAAUCAAGAAAGGAUUUCUCGGGAUCAGAGGAGAGAAGCUUGAUGCCAUGAAGUUUUACACAUCAGAAAUAGAGAGACUUGUCGGCGAGGCAGCAACAGAAAAGGAAAGAAUUUUCAGCGAUGAAAAGGCAAAACUUCCAGUUGCAUUCGUUACAUUCGACUCGCGUUGGGGAGCUGCUGUCUGUGCUCAGACUCAACAAACGAAAGACCCUACGAAGUGGCUCGCGGAAUGGGCGCCUGAGCCUCGGGAUGUGUAUUGGAGGAAUCUCGCUAUUCCAUACAUGGAGCUCUACUUUCGAAAGAUCGCCAUAACGGCAGCAGUUGUCGUCCUCAUUCUCUUCUUUAUGAUUCCCGUGACGUUCGUGCAGUCACUGGCAAACAUAGAAGACAUUGAGCGGACUGUCAAGUUCUUAAGACCAGUAAUCGAGAGGAAGUUUAUAAAAUCGAUACUACAAGGAUUUCUCCCCGGUCUAGCGUUGAAAAUUUUCCUUCUCAUUCUCCCCAGCGUCUUGAUGAUCUUGUCAAAGGUAGAGGGACAUUUAUCUCUGUCGAAGCUGGACAGGAUGGCAGCAGCCAAGCACUUCUACUUCAUGGUCUUCAACGUUUUCUUUGCCAGUGUCUUCACUGGCUCGGCAUUGCAGCAGCUCAAGCUUUUCUUGCACAAAUCACCCUCCGACAUUCCACAGCUUCUAGGCGAUGCCAUACCACUCAAGGCCACCUUCUUCAUCUCCUACAUCAUGGUGGACGGCUGGGCGAGCGUGGCCGGAGAGAUCCUGAGGCUCAAGCCGCUCCUCUUUUUCCACUUUCGCAACAUGAUGUUCGUCAAGACGGAGAAAGACAGGGAAAAGGCCAUGGCCCCCGGCGGCCUCAGCCUCAACACUGCGCUUCCUCACGUCGGCCUCUACUUCUUGCUCGGCCUCGUCUACGCAGUCAUCGCACCGAUCAUCCUCCCAUUCAUCGUCACCUUCUUUGGCUUCUCAUAUCUCGUCUAUCGUAACCAGGUGAUCAACGUGUACCACCCGGAGUACGAGAGCGCUGGCGGCUUCUGGCCCCAUAUCCACAACCGGGUCGUCGCUUCCAUGAUUAUCAUGCAGCUCACGCUACUGGGUCUUCUUUCCACGAAGCGAGCGGCCAGUUCCACUCCAUUCCUCGCCGGUUUGCCAGUCUUAACCUUCAUAUUUCAUACGUAUACCAAGCGGUGCUUCGAGUCCGCCUUUGUCAAGUUCCCUCUCGAGGAAGCGAGAGCCAAGGAUUUAAUCGACCAGGCCAAAGAUCCCCACACCGACUUCCGGUCCCUGUUUAGAAACUCGUACACCCAUCCCGUGUUGAAAACCGAGGAGGAUUUAGAGCAGGGACACCGGGAUUGGCAAGAAGGCGACACUCAGCUGGUGCCGACCAAGCGUGGUUCGUCGGCACGCCAGUCCAGGGCCCCCAGCGUAAACAACUCCAUGACGGGUUUGUUGUGAUCCACCUAGUUAUCAAACCAAAACAGCG